CUCCAACAUUUCCCGUGUCUUCUACGGUCAGUAUUAUUCAUUUCGGUGACGCAUUUUUCUCCGGUGUUUGGAGGAGAACCAAAGACUCAGAGAGACGGCGAACGACGACGAAGACGAAGAGCGUGGAGAGAGUCUACCUCUCUCGACGAUGAAUUCCAUGAGGACUAAUCCUGUCCUUCCGGUUUCCGAUCCUCCUCUCGCCGGUGAAAAUGAUGUUGAUGAUCGGCUUUUCAAAGGAUCCGCCAUGACCAAACGUGGAGCUUACGCUGCUCUUUCUUACAUGGCCUGUGCUGUUAUGCUUGUGCUGUUCAAUAAAGCAGCUCUAUCUUCCUAUGAUUUCCCGUGUGUGAACGUUAUCACGCUAUUCCAGAUGGUUUCCUCUAGCUUGUUUCUAUAUGCCUUGAGGCGCAGGAAGAUCAUCUCUUUCACAGCUGCUGAUUCUUUUUCUAUUGAUAAUGCCUCAAAUUUUGUGCCAGUGAAGACAUUGUUUCACACCCUUCCUCUAUCAAUAGCCUAUCUUAUGUACAUGCUAGCCUCUAUGGCAUCUGUCAGAGGGGUAAAUGUUCCCAUGUAUACCACGCUUAGGCGUACUACGGUGGCAUUUACUAUGGUGAUUGAGUACAUGCUCACAGGUCAGAGAUAUACACGGUCUAUCAUUGGAAGUGUUGGCGUUAUCCUGCUUGGCGCAUUUUUUGCUGGAGCUAGGGACUUGUCAUUUGACUUUUAUGGAUAUGGUGUUGUUUUCUUAGCCAACAUAUCAACAGCAGUAUAUCUAGCAACUAUUGCCCGUACUGGGAAAUCAAGUGGCUUGAAUAGCUUUGGCCUUAUGUGGUCCAAUGGAAUUAUAUGCGGACCUAUAUUGAUGAUUUGGACAUUUAUUUGUGGCGACUUGGAGAAGACAAUUAACUUUCCUCACCUCUUAUCUCCUGGUUUCAUGGUUGUAUUACUCUGCUCGUGCGUGCUGGCUUUCUUCUUAAACUACUGCAUUUUCCUUAACACCACUCUCAACUCAGCUCUGACGCAGACAAUUUGUGGCAAUAUGAAGGAUCUAUUCACGGUUGGACUAGGCUGGAUGCUCUUUGGUGGACUCCCAUUCGACCUGAUGAAUGUGAUUGGACAGCUUCUUGGUUUCUUCGGGUCAGGUUUAUAUGCAUAUUAUAAGAUCAUCGGGAGGUAACAACUCCAAAACAAAGAAGAGCCAACAAAAACAUGAGUUUAAGGAAAAGUUGAAGACUAGUGAUGAUAAAGGCUCAUUAGUUUAAGGAAAAGUUGAAGACUAGUGAUGUUCAAGUGGAGAUAGAGUGUUCAACUUUUGGUUUUGCAGGUGACUUUAGAGUAGUAUUAAUAAUGCGAGGCCUAAUUUUUUGAACUUGUGUCUUGUUCUUCUUCAGUUCUCAACAAGGCGAAACAUAACUGGAUUAUAAAGAAACUGAUUUCUUUUACAUUGUAGAGAGACUCGGUUUUUCACUGAAUCAAAGAGUAAAGCAUUCAAAAUGUGUAUAUAACGGUCUGAUAUUAAUGAAUGAUAUGAGGAUUUCUUGCAGCUCAAAAA